AUUUAAAUCGUUGUCGUUGAAGUGGGGAGAAAAACAGAUAUCAGGUCAGUCCCGUCCAGUGCUUUGAGAUGACAGAUUUAAGUGAUGAUGAGAAUGCUGUCGGGUUCAGUAAGAUGUCAAUAAGGCAACGACGCCAACGAGCUGCCAUUUACAUACCUGGCAUCAGCGAGGAGGGCUCGUGUAUUGAGAUCAGCCUAUCAAACACUCCAGAUGGUCCUCUGAUAUUGGGCCAGGAAGUCCCGAAGAGAAAGAAAAUGUACGGUGGUCGAAGCAUGUCACACUGUAAAACCAGUGAGGAUAUUGACAGUGGAGUGGAGAGUAGUUUCUCUCUGCUCUCAUUGGCUGACGAUAGCGUUCUUCAUCAGCCAGAAAAGAACCGGUCUUCCAUUGGCUUGAACACAGCUCGCAUUCCCAUGUUUGAACUUCCAGAUGAUUUGACAGAAGAGUGCAAUGGGGCUGAACACAAAGCUGAGAAUAACUCUGGAGAAACUGCUAGUUUUUUGCAAGAAGCAGAAGAACUUCUGGAAUAUUCAGACUUGAGUACUAAGAGUGACAGCAUUGACUCUGUCUCAGGUGAUUUCGUGGUGAAUUCCUGUUGUCAUGGUGAUGACAGUGUGGCAUGCAUUUUGUGUUAUGAUGACGUGAGUACAGAGUGUGGUGGAAAAUCGCGAAGGGCACACAACAUGAAUGUGGGGCACCAGCCAUCACAACCGACUGCUGCCGAACAAAUUCAUUAUGAUGAAUUUUUACAAGGCGUUGUAAAUAAAGAUCCGAUAAAGAAGGAAAUCCUGUCCUUACCUGUGCAAUUUCCAACAUCAAGCCCUCUACCUAGGGGUAAUAUUCAGAAAUCUGUCCAGAGUGACAGGAAAAAAGCGUUCGAAAAGUCAUUUGUUCCAGCUUCUGAGCUUUUGUUCAUGAAGCCACCUGUGCCCCUUUUUACAACGUACAAAUCCCCAUCAAAAUACAGUCCCCAAACAGUAUUAUCGCCGUCAGCACCAGAGCAAAUUAGGGUGGAAGGUGAGGCACGCCAGUGUAUCAGCACCCAGACUGGACAGCAGGGGGAGUGUGCAAAAGGAGUGCCACAAUAUUUACCUGCUCUUGAUGGCAGAAUGCCAGGCACACCACCAAAGGAUAUGGCUGUGCGGUCAACGUAUCUCAGUCCGAUUUCCAUAGAUUCGAGAACUACUAGUGAAAUUUGGCAGGACAUCAUUCAUAAUUCAGAUCGCAAGUUUCGUGACAUGCCUUUGUGUCGUGGAGUGUACACUAGUUGUUCUGCCCAAACAGAAGCAUCCGAUAUUCCAUGUAGUCAUCCAGGAGAAAGUGUAACUAAAAAAUGUGCUAUAAAUGAAAAUGAUAAUCAGCAAACAGUGAUAAGUAAACCACCCAGUGAGUGGAAUGAAAAAGACUCUAAUGUGGAGUUAAAUAGUGAAAAUGUGGCCCCAGGAAAACAAUGCGUCAGUUCUCAUCCAUUGACUUCGAGAAAAACUUAUGUGUCCCAUCGUCGACUAUUUUCUGAAUUGCCUGUGAGUCCGUCCAAUUGUCACACAAGAGGAAAUAACCCAUUUGCCGGGCCAUCAACUCCAGUUCAAGACAAAAAACGUCUCAAAUCACAUGAUUUGUCCAACGGCAGUGGUGAUGCCAGCCAAGAAAAGGGGAGAGCAAUCCGCAAAAAUGGACUUAGGGAUUCCAGUCAGAGUAAAAACGGCAAAGUGAGAGUGGUUAGGCCGAGAAAGCUUGCAGCACCAUACGAGACAAAUGAAAAGAGAUCCCCAUCCUCAUCCUUUGACAUGGAAGUCAGCCCCUGUCAGCAACAGUCCAUGACUUCACAUGAUCAUGGCAACAGCUCUAUUGAUGUGACGCUUAACAUCAAAACAUCAACUCCUGUCAAAACGCCACAGUCGAGGGAAUGCCGUGACCAACUGACAAACAGAGAUAAAGCAAGAAGUUUUAACGAACAAACUACUACUUAUUUUUCUCCUCUGAACAUAUCCAUGUCAACAGAGGAUACCUCAAAUCCUGAAAACAGCUGCUCAAAAGGGCGUAGGAUUCGGCCCAUGAAUCUAUCACCAGCCCCUGUAAUUGAGGACAGAGUUAACUCCCCUUUGUUGUCACCAUCGUCACCACCUUCAUCACCUCCGACCUUUCCUCCUGGGAUAAAGCUUAACCUCCAGACUGAAGUAGAACUGUCACCUCCUGAUCUGGACACCAUCACAAAGAUUCACACGAUCUGUAAUGGGCAGAGACUGGUGGAGUACAUCAAGUGUUCAGAUUCACCAAUGAUCAUCACACAUUACCCACCGCCAAAAGCAGCUUCAAAGAUCCACUGGAGUGAGGCAUUAGAACAGGAGGUUGACAAAACACCCCCUCCCUCCCCUUCAACCACUCCACUCCCCAAGCCCAUCCUGACACAGAGACCUAAGAGUUUCAAGUACCCAUUCAGUGACGAAGCUCCAUCACCCAUUCUGCUGACAAAAACGCGACGUCAAAAUAUCUUAUCUGAGAUCACCCAACAUACCCAGCUGUAGGGAUGACAUCAAUGCGGUUGACCAUAACACAACACACAGGCAGAUAAUCAGCAUCAAACCAUUGAUGCAGGUUUACCUGCAGAUAUGCAGUCUGGGUAGGCUUUGGUUCAGAAAAGUUUCUGAUGCAGCUAGUGUGCUUUUAUACUUUUGCUCAAUAUUGUUGUUCCAAAAAUCUGAGCUAAAACUGUGACAUUAAUUUUAGACACAAAUGUAUAAAAUUCAUAUUACAGGAUAUGAAUCAAGUCCACAUGCAGCUGAUAAAGCACUAGGGAAAAUGUAUAUACCUAUACCGAUAUAGGUAUUUAAUAAUUUUUACUUAAGCUUAAGUUACUGGAAGUUAAGUGAAAUUCAGUGAAUACAUAGCCCCAGAAAACUCCACUAGAUGGUUUGAAAUCAGGUGGAGGUAUUACUUAUGUUUUGUCUGCCUUUGGGAAAUGGUUAAAUCCUUUCUAAAGGGAGGGUCAAGAAACUAAAAUCUGGUAAUAUUAUUUCCAAGAAUAGAUAUCAAAUCCGAAUGUAUACAGAAUCCAUAAUUCUAUUCAUGAUUCGUCCAUAGAACCAGGGAGAGCUGAAUAUAUAGCACCCACUUGUGCAUAUUAAAUGAGCGGGCCCUGUUAACUCAGAUGGUUCAGGCACUGGCUCGCUGCGAUUAUCUGGUCCUUGACUAUUAGGAUGGUGUAUUCUAAUCCAACUCUCACUGUUUCAGCUAGGAUUUUUUUGUCAGGUGCUUGGCGAGAGUUGAUGGUGUACACUAGGCACUCUUGUUUUUCCUUCGCCCAUAAACCUGAUUGGCAUCAUAUAAGUGAAAACUUCCUAAGCUUGGCAUUGAAAAAACAAUUAAUCACCUGUGCAUUAAUUGUGUUUCCACUGUUUGUGUCUCAUCUUACCGCUCAUCGUUUCUCCGCCAUUCCACUGUUUGUGUCUCAUCUGACUGCUCGUCGUUUCUCUUCUAAUCCACUGGUUGUGUCUCAUCUUACUGCUCAUCAUUACUCUUCUGAUCCACUGUUUGUGUCUCAUCUUACUGCUCAUUGUUUCUCUUCUAA